CUUCAGUAUUUGUAUUUGUUCCUGAUAUUCAGAUCAGAUGUAUUUACAUUGUCUAUAAACAGAGAUGCCAGACACUUCGCUCUCCUCGGCUGCCCUGUCGACGAAGCUGGACAUAUACCUCAUCUCCGAAUCCGACAUCGCGUACGAACAAGACGUUCUUCGCUAUCCACACACUCUCGGUCCAUGGCUCAAGUACAUCGAGCACAAGUCCGAGUCUGCGAUCCACGAGCGCGUCUUUGUGCUCGAACGGGCCUCUCGCGAUCUCGGACGGUCUUAUAAAGUCUGGAAAUUGUAUCUCGAUCUGCGGAUGCAGCAUCUGCAGGGCAUCAAUCCGGCAAAGUACGAAGACGAGUACCGCAAGGUGAACGAGUGUUUUGAGCGAGCGCUCAUGAUGCUGAGUACCAUGCCCCGGCUCUGGCUCGACUACCUCCACUUCCUCAUGAAACAAUGCUGCAUAACAGAAACCCGCCGCGCAUUCGACCGCGCCCUGCGCGCCCUACCAAUAACCCAGCACGACCGCAUCUGGCCGUUAUACCUCGAGUUUGCCCGGUCAGUCAAAGGGCCGACCGCGAUCAAGAUCUACGAGCGGUAUCUGCAGUACCGGCCACAGGAUCGCGAGGAUUUUAUCGAGCUCCUGGUCGAGCUGGAUUACCACGCCGAGGCGGCAGAGCAGUACCUGCGACUGCUGAACGCACCGAAAUUUGUGUCAAAGAAUGGCAAGAGUCAGUUUCAGAUCUGGACAGAGCUUACCGAUCUGCUUGUUCACUUUGCACGAAACAUAAAAGAACACUAUCGGCGGUCGCCGUCGAGCCGUCAGAUCGACACCGAGAAAAUCAUCAGGUCCGGGAUCGAGAAGUUUUCCGAUCAGCGCGGGAAGCUGUGGGUCAAUUUGGCAAUGUACAAGAUUGCGCUGGGGGACUAUGAAGGAGCGCGGGAUGUGUUUGACGAGGGAAUCACGACGGUGAUGACGGUUCGCGACUUUGUGCUCGUGUUUGACGCGUACGUCGAGUUUGAAGAGUCGGUUAUUUCGCAGCUGAUGGAGCUCGCGGGGUCGGACAAGGCGAGCGAGCAAGUCGACGCCGAGCUUGAUGUGCGGAUGAUGAUGUUUGAGCAUUUGAUGGACCGGCGGCCGUUUCUGGUGAACGACGUGAUGCUACGGCAGAAUCCGAAUAAUGUGCUGGAGUGGGAGAAGCGGGUUGGGCUGUGGGGCAACAAUGCCAAGCAAGUUGUGGAGACGUACACGGACGCGAUUGCGACGAUAAAUCCAAAGAAAGCAGCAGUGGGACAGCUGUAUCAGCUGUUUGCAAACUAUGCAAAGUAUUAUGAAAAGGCGGGGGAUUUACGGCAGGCGCGGAUUGUGUUUGAGCGGGGUUUGAAUGUGCCGUUCAAGUCUGCGAACGAGCUCGCGGAUCUGUAUAUCGAGUACGCGGAAAUGCUGCUGCGGGCGGAGGAGUUUGACAGUGCGGUGGCGCUGAUUGCAAAGGCGACGAAGGGCCCGAAGCGGUCGACGGUUGAUUUCUUUGACGAGUCGAUUGCGCCGCAGCAGAGGCUUCACAAGAGCAUGAAGCUGUGGUCGUUUUACGUCGAUCUGGUUGAGAGCGUGGGUACGGUCGACGAUACACGGGCGGUGUAUGAUCGCAUAUUCGAGCUCAAGAUCGCGACGCCGCUGACGGUGGUGAACUACGCCAACUUUUUGGAGGAAAACAAGUACUUUGAGGAAUCGUUUAAGAUUUACGAGCGUGGCGUGGAGCAGUUUGGAUAUCCGGUUGCGUUUGAGCUGUGGAACUUGUACCUGACCAAGGCGAUGAAGCGCAAGCUGAACGUGGAGCGGCUGCGAGAUUUAUUCGAGCAGGCGCUGGAGAACUGUCCGCCGGAGUUUGCAAAGGCGCUGUUUUUGCUGUACGGCGAGUUGGAAGAGACGCGCGGGCUGGCGAAGAACGCGAUGGUGGUUUACGAGCGCGCGACGAGCCGCGUGGCGGAGAAGGACCGCGCGGAGAUGUAUCGGUUUUAUAUCAAGAAGACGGCGACAAUAUACGGAUUACCAGCUACGCGGCCGAUCUACGAGCGCGCGAUCGAAGUGCUGCCGGAUGGGGAGUGUCGGCUGCUGUGCGAGGACUUUGCGGAUAUGGAGCGUAAGCUGGGAGAGAUUGAGCGGGCGCGCGGGGUGUAUGUGCACGGCAGCCAGUUUGCGGAUCCGCGAUUGCAUCCAAAGUACUGGGAGAAGUGGCAUGAGUUUGAGGUGAUGAACGGAGACGAGGAGACGUUUAAGGAGAUGCUGCGGAUCAAGCGGGCGGUGACGGCGCAGUAUAAUACGGACAUCAAUUUCAUUGCCGCGCAGACGGUCGCGCGCAAGCCGGAGGGGGAGAUUGCAGAGGUGAAGGCUGCGUCGCCGCCGGGAGAUGAUCCGAUGGAGCAGUUGGCGUAUGUCGAGGAGUGAUUGAGAUCUGUUAUAGUCAAGACGAUCUGAUGGAAUAGUUGGCGUAUGCCGAGGAGCGAUAUGUAAGAUAGUGUAUAUUUAUAAAAAGAUCUAUUAAA